AUGGCGCGUCCAACCACCCAGGCAGCGCUGCCACGACAUGAAGACGAUCUGCUCGAGUACAUGAAGGCGAUGCCCAAGAAGGCGCCACGACAAGACAAGCUUCGACCGCAGCACACGAAGCGCGCAAUCUCGACGGCGCGCGCGGUCCGUCGAACUGUGUCGACCAUCGCAAAGCGCCAUCGCGACCUCCAGGCGGACUUUGGCUUUGGCUGCAAUGUCGACGAGCAUAUCCAAUUCGGCAAGUGCCUCGACGGCCGAUGUAUGGAACGACUCGAUUGGGAAGUUGGCAAGCUAUCUGAGGGGUCGCACCACUUUCGUGACAAGGACUUGAGUUUGCACCACGCGUGCCAGCUCGGCAACGAGUUUGCCAUUCAACACCUCGUCCACCUACGGCCCAAUUUCAACGCGACCAACGACCAUGGGCAAACUGCACUCCACAUUGCAUGCCGUGUUGGGCCCGUGGACGUAGUUCGCUGCAUGCUGGCCGCCAACGCCGUCGCGACCCCUCCAUCGCAUCGCAUGGACUUGAACACCCAAGACAAUGACGGCAACACGUGCUUGCACGAAGCCGCGAAAGCCAACCAGUUGGAAAUCACGCAGUGCCUCUUGGAAGCUGGUGGCCGAUGGAACGUUGCGAAUCGCGACGGCAAGUUGGCAGAACAUGUGUGCGGGCGAGACCAGCGCAUCUUCCACCUCCUCAAGCAGCACGCGAUCGCGGGCGACCUCGGGGACGAGCUCCACGACUUGGCGGCCAAGUCGACGUCGGCGCAGCGCCACGAACGCAUCCAGCAACGGGACAUUGCCUCCCACCAACUCCACACUCGACAAUAA